CCUCUGACGUCACAGCCAAUAAAGACGCUGGUGCGAGCCUCUGACCUCACAAACGCACCCCCUCCGCAAGUGGUGGUGAUACGGCCCUUCAGGGUCCCCCUCGGCGAGGCCCCGGGCAUCCACUAGCCCCUCUGCCCUCCCUACCAUCUGUGGCAGCCAUGAAGGGCGCCCCCAGCAGCCUGGAAACGCUGCUAUGGGUCUACAACUUCCACAGCUCCACCGAGGUGGCCCUCCAGUCCCCGCUCCUGUCUUCCCUGGAACUCGCCGUGGCCGCCGCUCACGAAUAUCUGGAGCAGAAGUUCAAACAGCUCAACGCCACUGAGCCGCAGGAGCCACGCGAGCCGCAGGAGCUGCCCACGCCGCCCGCCCCGAAGCCCACCCUAAGGCUGGUGCUACGAGAGGCAGCAGCCAGCAUCGUGAGCUUCGGCGCCACCUUAUUAGAGAUCUCAGCCCUGUGGCUACAGCAGGAGGUGCGGCGCCUGGACGGCAGUGGCAGCUGCUCUAGCCUGGCCCCAGACGCCGGGAACCCGGCCGGAGCGCUGACCCGCAUAGCCCAGGCUGCGGGGCAGGGGGCUAGGCAAGCGGGGGCCGCCGCGGGCGCGAGCGCCCGGCUCAUGGUGCAGGGCGCGUGGCUGUGCCUGUACAGACGGAGUCUGCAGGGAUCCGCCACACUCCUGGAACAGUGGGGACGCCAGCUGGGCUUUGGAAUCCCCGGGGAAGCGACAUCUUCAGCAGAGGUGUUGUCCAGCAGCAGUGAGGAGGAAGAAGCAGAGACUCCAUCACAGUCCCAGCCCCACUCCGCAUCCAAAUAAAGCCCCACAAAGAACGUCCGCCCAAGGCCCUCCUCAAGUCUCUUGAUUCGCGGCUGCACCUCUACCCGGGCUGCCCCUGGCUACAACUCCGGCCAGCAUG